AGCAAAGCUUAGAUCAUCAAGUCAAGUGAUUAAGUGUAAAGUUUUCAUCUCAACCCAAUUUUUAUUUUAUUUUUAUUAUGCUACUUCGUAGAAUUCUGUAAUCAGAACCAGUUGAUAUCGCACGUACAUUGCUGAAUAAUGCAUUUGCCACCACCGCUUCAAGACGAAGAAGAAUACCUACAAAUCGGUCAUGCGCACAUACCCGUCGGUGCCAAUAUUAUCGAUAAUAUGGUUAGCCUAGAUAUUCAGCAUUCGCCAGACUUUGAAGCCUAUCACAAUCAGGCCGAGAAUGACCAUGCGAUUUCGCUAGAUUCUAGAAGACUGCAGCUUCAGCAUACAACUGAGGGCUAUCGCGAUGGCAUCAUUAGCGGUAAGGCAGAAAGCAUUCAGCAGGGUUUUGAUGAAGGGUUCGGACUGGGUGCCCAUGUUGGAUUAAAAGCUGGUCGAUUACUCGGUCUUCUUGAAGGAAUUGCCGCCGCUUUGAGAGAAAAUCCUAGUCACGAAGCAAUGGCAUAUGCCGACCAGCUUUUAUCACGUGCGACGAGUGAACUCAGCGUCGAUUCCAUAUUCGCAGAAGAAUACUGGGCAUCAGAUGGUAGUUGGACAUAUCCCGUUCAAGGAUCCGGAAGUGACGGCGAUGUUGUUUACGAGGAUGUUGCGAGCGAACACCCUUUGAUUUCGAAGUGGAGUGCACUCGUAGAUCAAGAGCUCAAAAGCUGGAACUUGGACCAAAAUCUCGCCAUCUUCAGUGGUGACACAGUUCAAUCCGAAGCCGAUGGGGCAUCCGCUCCAACGCAAGAUAUAUCGCGACAGGCCGUCGAUUGGUAAAAGCAAAGAUCCGUACCGAACGAUUCCCCAUCCGUCAAAUUAGCGCAGCCAAAUCGAGAUAGCAUCGCAUUCGAUAUCAAAAUUUGCGAUGUUUGGAGAGGUACGAUACAAAGGUCAAGGCUCAAGGCUCCAGGCUCCGAUACUGUCACUUUGAUAUAAUAU